CUAGGGCUCCCUUCCCAGACCUGGCCAGCAACUCCAGUAACCAGAGCUGUGUGAGAAGAAAGGACCAAGCCUUUGGGCCCCAGAUCCUCUCAGAUUGCCAGAGAUGGGCUCCAGCCAGGGAGGGUGGGGCUGCUCCUGGGACCAUCAGGUGUCACACGGGCUGUCUAGGCAGUGACAGAGCUGUGACUGGGAGCAGACCUUCACCCAUCUCCGUGCCUCCAGCUGACUCAAAUGUGCCAUGUCUCACCACCUGCUCCUUCCACUGGUGAUCCUCGCCAUCAGCCCCAUCCCAGGAGCUUUCCAGAACUCAGCUCUCAGUUCCACCCAAGAAGAACCUGAAGAUCUAGACUGCGGUCGCCCUGAGCCCUCUGCCCGAAUCAUGGGGGGCUCGGACGCGCAGCCGGGGAGCUGGCCGUGGCAGGUGAGCCUGCAUCAGAGCGGGAGCCACAUCUGCGGGGGCUCCCUCAUCGCGCCUUCCUGGGUGCUCUCGGCGGCUCACUGUUUCGUGACGAACGGGACCCUGGAGCCUGCGACCGAGUGGUCGGUGCUGCUGGGCGCGCGCUCCCAGGCCGCGGCCCCCGGCGGCGCGCACGUGCGCGCGGUGGCCGCCAUCCUCGUGCCGCGCAACUACAGCGGCGUGGACCGCGGCGCCGACCUGGCCCUGCUGCGCCUCGCCUCGCCCGCCACGCUGGGCCCCGCCGUGCGCCCCGUCUGCCUGCCGCGCGCCUCGCACCGCUUCGCCCACGGCACCACCUGCUGGGCCACCGGCUGGGGGGACAUCCAGGAAGCGGGUGAGUGUCGGGGAGGUGGGUUUCGGCGGCCGCGGAGCCCGCUGAGGAGUCCCCGGGGCCGGGCCUCGAAGCCGGAGCCCCGGGUGGGCGGGCGCGCGGGGCGGGGCCUCGGGAGGUGGACCCCGGGCGAGCGCCCGGAGCGCAGACCUCGGCCCGGUGAGCGCUCCGCCCGUCUCCCUCUAUCUUCCCCGCUAAGGGCCCGCAAACCAAGACUACUGACUCCUCCAACCCAUUACCUCUUCACCUUUCCUUCCAGUUUUUUUCUUUCCCGGAUUUAGGAUCCGACCAGGGUUCCCAUCCUAGCUGUGCUGUUUCAGACAAAGCGCUUCACCCAAUCCAUUGCUUCCUCUGAAAAUUGAGCAAAAUCGUGCCAGUGCAUGGGGUUGUCGGGUGGAUUGAGGAAAUCCAUGUAAAGUUGAUAGCACGGUGCCGAACAUACUAAUUAAUGCACUUUAGGUACUUUUACCCUAGAUAAUCGUGCACUAAAGCACAGCGCCUGGCAUAUCCUAAGCAUUCAGCAAAUGUCCGUUUCUGCCCUCCUUUCUCCGGUCCCUCUCCUCCCAUCCUACCCUUCUCUCACUCAUCCUCUACUUACUCACCUCCUGUCUUUUCCCUACUCACCCUCAUUCAUUCAGUUCAUCUUUCAUUUAUUCAACAGAUAUUUCUUGAGCACCUUCUCAAUGGGCUGGGCACUGAGGCAUUAGAGAUACGCCAGUGAACAUAACCAGCAAAAGUCCCUGCCUCAGAGCUUAAAUUCUAGUAGGUAGACAAGCUAUACAUUCAGUAGAUUGAGCAAACAUUA